AUGUCUAAAGAUAGACAAGCUGCAAUUAAAGCUCUAGAUGUGGUUGCCGAUGUUGCUCAAGAUGUUCAACCAGCAGUUGUUUCAAUCACUAGUACUGAUAAAGUUUUUCUUUCACUUCAAUCACGUUCAACUGGUUCAGGUUUUAUUGUAGAUCAUUUAGGUCAUGUAGUCACAAAUGCUCAUGUAGUUGGUUAUCGAGGCGAUGUUAUGGUUCAUUUAUGUGACGGACGUUCAUUUCCUGGAAAAGUUCUAGCAGUUGAUGUCUCUUCUGAUUUGGCACUUAUCCGAUUAGAUGUGAAGAAAGUCGUUUCAGAAAAUCUUCCACAUCUACCUAUGGCUAUGAAUGUACAAAAUAUUCGUCCAGGUCAAUUUGUAUUGGCUUUAGGUAGUCCUUUAAUGUUGGCUAACAGUGUUACAGUGGGUGUAGUGUCUGCAGUAGAUAGAGACUUAGGUCAUUCCGAAGGUCUCAAAUAUAUCCAAACAGAUGCUAUAAUAACAUUUGGCAAUUCCGGUGGUCCACUGGUGAAUUUAUAUGGUGAAGUUAUUGGGGUUAACGCUAUGGUGGCUGGUACAGGAGUAGGAUUUGCUAUACCUGUUGAUCAAGUUCGAAAAUUCAUACAGUUAGCACUAAAAGCAUCCUCAAAUACUCGAAGCUCUUCCCCAAUAUCGUCAAAAUCGCCUACUGAUCCAUAUAUUUUAGCAGACAAUCCAACCAAUUCAGAAAGUGGAACUCAACGUCGAUACUUAGGCCUAGUUAUGCGAACACUUACUCCAGAACUGGCUUUCGAAUUGGCAUCUCGCGGUGGACAACAUUUUGUAGAUUUGAAUGGUGUUCUGAUUCAUGCCGUAUUAAGAAACUCCCCUGCCCAAAGGGCAGGAUUAAGAGCUGGAGAUGUAAUUGUUGCCAUUGAUGGUCUACCUAUAACGAAUGCUCAACAAGUUUACACUGCAACUGAAAGCCGAGAACAACUGACAAUCACAAUCGUUAGACAAGGAAAACGAAUAACCAUAGAUCAUAUUCAGACGGAAAAAAUUUAGAACAUGAAUUAGAUUCUUGGUUUAAAUUAUUCUACACACAGUAUAUAAUUCUGUAUUAUACAUACACGAGUAUUUAUAAUUAAAUCAUCCACAGUGCUGCGGUCUCUUUUUUCUGUUUUGCAUAAAAUAACUUGGAAGGAAAAUACACUUGUUGCUUCUUCAAUACAUUGUAUUU